ACAUGAUUCAGUCUUUACUUGAUUAUAAAUACUUAUGGGUUUGAUCAAGAGGAACAACAACGCUUCGAAUGGGCGGCACCUACUCUAGCAACAUUAACAACAAGUUCGAAUAGGCCUUCUAUAAAAUUAAUUGUCCUCCAGCUGUUAGCAAAAAUGGGAGUCGUGGAAGAUGAUACGACCACCGGUGGUCGUCAUCCACAAUCUCUGCAAAUGUCCACUAUUGACUUUGAUGCCAUUCAACCUGUACUGCCCACAGGUUACGAUCCGACAAUAGUGGACAUGCAAUCAAAGCAGAUUCUUCGCCAUGCAGAGAUAACGUACGAAUUUUUUGGUAGAUAUUGCAAAGGGUUUGCCUCAUACGCCAGGAAGUUAGCGCGAUUGCGAGACAAAGGUGAUGAACUCGCACGCUGCAUCGUUUUCUGUUCGGAAACGCAGCCACACUCUCCCUCCACCAAAAGUCUACUAAACGAGUUCAGCACAGUAAUAACGUCUGUGCAAGAUCGACUUAACGGGAGUUUGCUGCGACUGGAAAGUCAUGUUGUUCCGGGAUUCUCCAAGUUUGGCAUGAUGGCGCAUUCUGUCAAACAAGAUGGUCAAAAGAGUAUUGCUUUGCGCCAGAAAGAAGCAAGGCUUGCCAUGGAGCUGCAGCAAAUGCAGAAUGCUACUAAAGCCGAAACCACGGUCCAACAGCGCCAUCAAAAAGCGGAAGCCGUGGCCCACGCGGCCACUGACGCGCGUCUCGCCCACGAGCAACUACUAGAACAGGCGGAUAAGUUUGAAAAGCAAAAACUGACUGAUCUGCGGCAGCUGUUGAUGAAUUUCCUGCAGAUUGAAUUAGGAUUCCACGCAAAAGCUUUGAAACUGUAUACUCAAGCUUACAACCAGAUAAAACGGUUAAAUAUGGCCGACGAUAUUGAAAGCUUUCGCGCCCAGAUGCGAAUACUGCAAGGCUCGAUGUCUGCCGGUCCGGAUCCGAAUCUUCUGCUGGAACACCCUGAAGUGGCUGCAAGAAUAGUCAGUGACUCUUCAUCAGGUUGUGAGAUCUCAAAGAAAACAGGCUUUCCAUUAAACGGUCAGGAAAUUAUUACGAGAAGUCCGAUCGCUAAAAUUUCAAGCGAAAUUAGCGAAGACAGACCUCCAUGCUCUGAAAAUCAGUCAUCUUCGUCAGAAGAUAGUUCCGCGUGAAAAUAAAUACUCAUAGUUUCACGGAAAGCUUUGGUGGUGCUUUUGAUGUCCAAGCGUCCGACCUGCAGCGUGAUGCUUGUUUUCAAAGUCUGAUCAUCAACACGAAAUACUCAGUAUAAAUAAUGCACAAACUACGAGUAGAAGUAUAUAAACUACUGCUCACGAAUAUGUACGUCCCCUGUAUUGGCAACUACCGCUGCUGAGUACUGUACUCUUAUUUUGAAUCCGUAAUACAGUAUGUCAUAAGCCCUCGAACUAUAUUAAUUUUUUCGCAGUACCUUGUACCGAUAUAAAAAGGAUAUCAGUAAUUGUUCUGGACAACAAGAUAAGCGGACUGCUUCAGCCACUCAUCCAAAAAUGGGUCAAUCUGAAACCAGCAUUCAAUACGCCCUGCCGAAGCUGGUGAAGUGUUGUGAAUGACCAGCGUUGAAUAGCACGAGCAGGUUCCGUUUUCCGAUAAAAUGCCUUGAACGUGGUUAUUACUGCCAAGAGUGGCAGCGUCAAUCUGAAGGAUGUGAAAUGGAUGAGUCUUUGGAGCAUAGAGGAUACCCUUUUCAUGGUACCAGAUAAACCGGUUGCUAUAAUCUUUGUUCGUUCCUUGAAGAAAUUCGAAUUUAGUGUAACACCGGAACUGAGCUGUCUGACCUUUGGGCUUAUUGACAUUCUGCAUUGGAGGACUAAAAACAUCGGUCAAGCGGUUAGAAACCAUGUUGCGGCAGCAGAAAUAAAACUCCAAGUCCAUGGAAUCUAGUACUACUAGUACUAUUUGCUACUAUUGACUAACGAUGAUGAGUAGCCCCUCCCUUGUCAUAUGGCAAAUUUGUUUUUGGUGCCACAUCGGUCUUUUCUUAGGCUGUUGUCUAAUAAAUAUAAUUUUUUCUGGAGAGCAACAGCCAUCUUUUCUCUCUUGAUGUUAAUCAAAGUCUAUUUGUGAGCCGCAUUCAUGUGCAAAGUGUCACAAGCCAGUUGAUGCUUAUGGCCACCACGGCUUAUCGUGUUCCUUUUCUGCUGGGAGACAACCGCGUCACGGCGGCUUGAACAGCAUCAUUUGUAGAGCACUGGUAUCAGCCGGUGUCCCUGCUAAACUGGAGCCCUGGGGAACAUCCCACACCUCGGAUCGUCGCCCAGAUGGGUGCACAACCUUCGCCUGGAAACGUGGCAUGUGCUUGGCGUGGGACGUCACCUGUGUUGAUACCGUCGCCCUAUCACACUUGAAAUCAACGUCAGCUACAGCUGGAUCCGGCGCAGCGCAGGCUGAGGAUAAAAAAGUGCGACUGUACUGGUAUCUGGUGGGAAGAUACCUCUUCGCGCCAGUAGCUUUCGAAACCCUUGGACCUUGGGGAAAGUCGGCUACCGCCUUGGUAAAAGAAAUCGGGAAGCGAAUUCAGAUGCAUUCGGGUGAACCUCGUUCCCAUGAGUUUCUGCGGCAGCGAUUAUCACUGGAAAUUCAGCGAGGCAACGCCGCUUGUGUACUCGGAACUAUGGAAGGAGCGGCAGCAUUAAAUGAGGUUUUGUUGUUCUAAUUAAUUGUUCAUGAUCUAUUAUGUACCCGCAUUUUAUGGAAUAAAUGGCGUCAUCAAAGUCUUACUUAUAUGAAAACAUUGCGAGCACUAAUCUUUACAGCCGAAAAACAGGCAUAAACAUAAAACAUUUUAACGCGAUCUCGUAUAAAGUAAUUUUUUUUUUGUAAUUUAAUUUCCAAUAAAGCGAUAACAAUAUCAAGAUUCAGUUACACUUAAACAAAACAGCAUUUUCCACGGUACCCAUAACAGAAGCGGCAUUUCCUCUUUGAAUAGCUAAAGAAAUGUUCUGCUUUAAAAACUCAUGGCUGCGAAUCUCGCC